AUGUCGUCCGACGAACGGGCCCCGAAGCGAUUCGCGAGGAAACUCCGUGGCGCUAUAGACAAGGGCGAUUAUGGGAGUUCUACGGUGUGGGGGGUGGCGAGUGCCGAGUUGGUGUCGAGCGCGCUGCUAGUGCUGCUGAGCUGCCUGCCAACUUGCUGCGCUUCGGCGAAUGCUGACCCCGCGCCCCCGCUUCAGCGCGCCCUGGCUUCGGGGCUUGUCGUCGCGCUACUAGUCCAGUGCGUGGACCACAUCUCGGGGGCGCAUAUGAACCCGUCGGUCACUCUGGCUGCGGCUAUAAGCGGCCAUAUGAGUGUGAGUAGAGCGGCUAUCGAGUGGGGCGCCCAGUUAGCCGGGGGGGUAAUUGGGGCGGCGGCACUUUCUCCCCUUUGCGGUUCAGACGCAGGGGCUUGCGUCACGCGUCCAGCAUCUCACCUGGUCGGGAGUCAAGCUGUGGCUGUGGAGGCGCUAUGCACGAUUUGCCUUGUGCUGGCAAACCUGAGUUCGUGGGACUCUCGCAACAACAGCUACAAGGAUUCGUGGCCGCUUCGUAUCGGGUUCGUCGUUAGCUCUCUGACUCUCGUCGCCGGUGAUCUCACCGGCGCCAGUAUGAACCCCGUCCGGAGUUUCGGUCCCGCCUUAUUCGCUGGAUACUGGGACCAACAUUGGGUGUAUUGGGUGGGUCCGCUGGUCGGCUCUUGCGUCGGUGUAGCGUUGUACGCGUUCGCCUGGCGAUCUCCUACGCCUCUGCCCGCCCCUCCUUUAGCCUCGCUAUAUGCGGACGCUGAUUUAUAG